UUAACCGGUGAACAUCUUACCUGCAAAGACAAAAGAAAGUAGCAGCAGCAGAAGACGAAAACUGUUAUUAAAAAAGCAAUUUAAAAUAAAUAAAAUAAAAAAGUGUUGAAAGUAUAAAACCGUAAAUCAAGAAAAGUUGAAAAAUGGAUGCAAAAACCUUUAGAGAAUUUGGCAAAGCGGCCAUAGAUUAUGUUGCCGAUUACAUGGAGACCAUUAGAGAAUGUGAUGUCUUGCCCUCCGUCGAACCCGGCUAUCUGUUCGAUUUGUUACCCAAAGAUAUGCCUGAAAAUCCCGAGGAUUGGCAGUCGGUUUUGAAGGAUGUGGAUCGUGUCAUCAAGCCCGGCAUGACCCAUUGGCAGUCGCCCAACAUGCAUGCCUAUUAUCCCACAGCCUCAUCAUUUCCCUCCAUUGUGGGUGAUAUUUUGUGCAAUGGUUUCAGUGUCAUCGGUUUCAGUUGGAUUUGCAGUCCAGCCUGUACGGAAUUGGAAGUCGUAGUAAUGGAUUGGUUGGCCAAAUUCCUGAAACUGCCACAACAUUUUCUACACAGCACCGAGGGCCCAGGCGGUGGUAUUAUACAAGGCUCCGCGUCUGAAGCCAUUUUGGUGGCUGUUAUGGCUGCCCGUGAACAGGCGGUAAAGAACAUGAAACAAUCCCAUCCUGAGAUGAGCGAAAGUGAUAUACGUGGCAAACUUAUUGCCUACUCGAGCGAUCAAAGUAACAGCUGUGUAGAAAAGGCUGGAGUCCUGGCUGCUGUACCCAUGCGUCUGCUUUCGGUGGGUGAUGAUUUAAUCUUUAACGGCAGCAUUUUGGAAAAAGCCAUUGAAGAGGAUAAGGCCAAGGGUUUGAUACCCAUUAUAUGCAUUGCCACCAUGGGCACAACGGGCACCUGUGCCUUCGAUGACAUUACCUCUCUGGCGCAGGUUUGUAAUCGCAACAAUGUCUGGUUACAUGUUGAUGCUGCCUAUGCUGGGUCCGCCUUGGCUUUGGAUGAAUUCUCGGAACUAAGAAAUGGCCUGGAAUUGGUGGACUCUUUGAAUUUCAAUCUACACAAAUUCCUAAUGGUGAAUUUCGAUUGUACCGCCAUGUGGCUGAGGGAUGCCAACAAGGUGGUGGAUAGCUUUAAUGUGGAUCGCAUCUAUUUGAAACACAAAUAUGAGGGUCAGACACAAAUUCCCGAUUUCAGACAUUGGCAAAUUCCAUUGGGUCGUCGUUUCCGUGCCCUGAAAGUUUGGAUUACCUUCCGCACUGUGGGCGCCGAGGGCCUCAGAGCCAAUCUACGCAAACACAUUGCCUUGGCUGAACGUUUCGAGAAGAAACUCUUGGCCGAUCCCCGUUUCGAAAUGGUUACCAAGCGUUGUUUGGGUUUGGUAUGCUUCCGUCCAAAGGGUGAUAAUAAGCGGACCACAGAUUUGUUGAGUCUCAUUACGGAACGCAAGAAGAUCUAUAUGAUCCAGGCCAAACAUCGUGAUCAACAUUUCUUGCGUUUUGUCGUCUGUGGCAUGGACCCGAAGGAGGAAGAUGUCGAUUUUGCCUGGCAAGAAAUUCAAACCCAAAUGGAUGUGGUGUUGGACAAGAAACUUGUGUCGGCUGUUAAGGCCGAUGUUAAUUCGAUAAGUCAACAGUUUUCAAAGGAGUUGAACAUAUCAAAUUCGGAGAAGUCGAAGUAGGAUUUUUAAGGAUUAUUUUCUUUAUUUUUAAGAGACAAUGAUAUUUUUUGUAAUUUAUUUGUUUAAGUGUAAAAUAUUUAUGUGUAGAAGAUAUGAAUAAAAUAAAAUCGUUAUAGUAAU